CUCAACUUGCAAAGUAAUCAACUGAUCAGUCUGCCGAGAGAAUUGUGCUACAUGAUCAAUUUAGUUGAGUUGAAUGUAAGCAGGAAUAAUCUCACUGAACUCAUUGAUACCAUUGGAUCACUUCGAAAUUUAGAAAUUCUUGACUGUUCAUUUAACAAAUUGAAAACACUUCCUGAAUCAAUGAGCGAAUUAGUAAAUUUGAAGCGCUUGAAUAUAAGCUCAAAUAUGAUAAUCUCACUUGAAUCAUCUUUCUCACAAUUAAUUAAACUGGAAGAUUUGCAAGCGAGCCACAACCAGCUCAGUUCGCUUCCAUUCUCAUUCGACAGCACUUUGGUAAAUUUAAAAUCAGUUCUUCUUGGGAAGAACAGCUUCCGUAACAUUCCGACCUGCUUGUGCAAUCUGCCUAAACUUGAAAAUUUGAAUUUGAAACAAAACUCGCUGCAGUUCGUCUCAUCUUCCCUGACCUACGUUACAACACUCGUUCUUGACGACAACAACCUCAGCGAAAUCCCACUGAUACUUCUGCAAUCAAGGGCUAUGGAAAAUUUGUGGCUGAGAAAUAAUCAGCUGGAAGGCAUCCCGCAAGAAAUAUCAUCUCUGACGCUACUGAGAACUCUC